UAGGGUCUGGGACACUCGCUGGAGACCCUGCGCAGGCGCACAGCGGCCGGCGGGGCUACGGCGGUGCGGUCUCGCGCCACCUCCAACCCGAGGGCAGCACCUGUCGCCUAGGAGGAGCUGCCAGCGCCCUCCCUCCUCCUCCGCAGGGCGCGGGACCUCUAUUUAUAUCGUUCAGCCGGUACAGGCCCAUAUUGGGCAGUGCCAUCAGUCAGGCCCCUUGGCCACCCUACGACCCGGGAGCGUCCUGGCCAGGUCGUGGAGCCAACGCGGGGCCUCUGCGGAGCAAGUGGGGCUGCGCCCGGAACCAGGCGGCACCUCCAAAUGUUUCCUGACAUCUCUGUAGCUUCGUGAGUAAUCAGACAUGCAAAUAGCCCCUCAGAAAUCAAGCUAAACUUAAAGAAGACUUAUUUGGAAACUUUGGAGAGUAGAUCAUGGAGUGCAAGAUGGAGGGAAAAGAAAAAUACCAACAUAGCUUGAAUUUACUGAAUCAAAUUAAGAACAUGAAAGAAUUAGCAGAAAUGAUUGAUGUAGUACUCAUAGCAGAAGAAGAGAAAUUUCCUUGCCACAGACUGGUCCUGGCUGCAUUUAGUCCUUAUUUCAAAGCUAUGUUCACCUGUGGACUACUUGAAUGUAAUCAAAGGGAAGUCAUACUUUAUGACAUCACAGCAGAAAGUGUGGCAGUGUUAUUAAAUUACAUGUACAAUGCAGCUUUGGAUAUCAAUAAUGCCAAUGUACAGACUGUAGCUAUGGCUGCCUAUUUUAUGCAGAUGGAAGAAGUCUUCAGUGUGUGUCAAAAAUAUAUGAUGGACCACAUGGAUGCUUCGAACUGUUUAGGUAUCUAUUAUUUUGCAAAGCAGAUUGGAGCUGAAGAUUUAUCUGAUCAAUCAAAGAAAUAUUUAUAUCAGCACUUUGCUGAGGUGAGCUUACAUGAAGAAAUACUAGAAAUUGAAGUGCACCAAUUUUUGACACUUAUUAAAUCAGAUGAUCUCAACAUAUCCAGAGAAGAGAGCAUUCUGGACUUAGUUCUGAGAUGGGUAAAUCAUAACAAAGAAUUGCGUACAGAGCAUCUUGUUGAGCUUUUGAAGCAAGUCAGAUUGGAACUUGUAAAUCCUUCUUUUUUAAGACAAGCCUUAAGAAGGAACACAAUGCUUCUGUGUGAUGCAGGUUGUGUUGACAUAAUUCAAAAUGCAUUCAAAGCCAUCAAGACACCCCAACAGCACUCUCUAAAUCUGCGCUAUGGCAUGGAGACUACCAGUCUUCUGCUUUGCAUUGGCAACAAUUCUUCAGGAAUCAGAUCAAGACAUAGGAGCUAUGGGGAUGCCAGUUUUUGUUAUGAUCCUAUAUCACGGAAAACCUAUUUCAUCUCAUCUCCCAAGUAUGGAGAGGGUUUAGGAACUGUGUGUACUGGUGUUGUCAUGGAAGAUAACACUAUAAUUGUGGCUGGAGAAGCAAGUGCCUCUAAACUCUCUAGACAAAAGAACAAGAAUGUCGAAAUUUAUAGGUAUCAUGAUAGAGGAAACCAGUUUUGGGAAAAGUUAUGUACAGCUGAAUUUCGAGAACUCUAUGCUCUGGGCAGUAUUCAUAAUGACCUCUAUGUUAUAGGAGGACAGAUGAAAAUUAAAAACCAGUAUCUUAUUACAAACUAUGUUGAUAAGUACUCUGUAGAACGGGACAAUUGGAAAAGGGUGUCCCCCCUUCCACUGCAAUUGGCAUGUCAUGCUGUAGUGACAGUGAAUAAUAAACUUUAUGUGAUUGGAGGCUGGACCCCUCAGAUGGAUCUUCCUGAUGAAGAACCUGAUCGAUUAAGCAACAAACUGUUGCAGUAUGACCCCAGCCAAGAUCAAUGGAGUGUGCGGGCACCCAUGAAGUACUCUAAGUACCGAUUCAGUACAGCUGUAGUCAACAGUGAGAUUUAUGUUCUGGAUGGUCUAUAGGGUAUCUCCCAAAAAGCAGCCACUGAAACCUUCUUCACCAGGAAGGCAGCAUGGUAAAGUAGGGAAGGCACCAGCUUUGGAGUUGAGUAUAUUUGAAUUGAAAUCCUGACUUACUACCUGUAUGUUCUUGGUCUGGUAAAUCUUUUUUUUGUUGUUGUUGCUAAUAUUAAAAUGAGAAUGCCUACCUCUUUGAAAUAUUAAGAUAAAAUAAUAUAUGUAUAAUUCCUACAAUAUAAGUGUUCAGACAUUAUAACUAUUGAGCCCCUUUGUUACAGACACUUUGCUAAAUUCUUUGCUUAACAGUUUCACUUAAUAGUCAUAAAAGUAGAUAAAUUAUUAACUGUCUUCUGUAUAGCUGGCUAGAUAUCUAGACUCAUCCUCCAACUAAAAAAACCCUAAAAACAUUGUAAAGCAUAUCUUUAAAAACCUUUUAAGAUCUGACAUGCCAGUAAGAAUUUAGCAGGCCAAAAGCCAAAUGAAAGCAGGAGACUUCCAACUAUGAAGAACUGAAAAAGUCAACAUUCUAUACUCAGAAAAACCAUAAAACCAGGCAAAUUUGUCAAAAACAACCAUUUUGUUUUUGACAAAUUUAGAAAUCAAUCAUAAAUAACAAUUGAGAAGAGUUUGGUUUGUUUAAAAACAGUACUGAGCUUGAAGUAAGACUUCAGGCAGUCUGUAGCAUUCUCUUGUGAGGCUGGCCCUGUCCCUCACCACAGCUCAUUUAACAUAGUAAUACUGCUAGAGUGGGGCUGGCUACAAAAAUCAGAAGCUUUUUUUGCUAAAGGGGGCCAACAUGUUUGUGAGUAGAUGGUGGAAAACCCACACUCACAGUGGAAAAUGGGAAAAGCCUACAAUUCUAGCCUGAGAUUUUAGUCCUGGUUGGUACAACAGCAGACAAAAGAACUGGCCAGAAAUUUAACAGGAAAAUCCUGGAAAUGAGAAAGUCAUAGAGAGACGUGAUAAAAUCAUCUCCUGGAGGCCAAGAAAGCUUCAUAAACAUGCAGCACCAAAGAGGGCUCAAGUUCUCCACACAGCCCUGACUCAUGCAAUCCAGGGGAGACUUAAGAGGGCCCAAGCUCUCCACACAUUCCUAGAUGACUGGAAGGUUGAGCACAUGUACAGAGCAGACCCAGGAGGGACAGGCAAAAGGUAAAAGUCACAAUAGACUUGAAAACUGUCUGAACUUCUAAUGUACUCCCAUGCAGAUCCACCAGGAGAGGGUAGAAGACUUACUGGUGUUUGACCACAACCACUAGUCAUUGACAGUGACUAAGCUAUGCAGAAAUAAAAAUAACUCAUAGGCUAAAAUAUAAAAAAUUAAAACAGAGGAGAGAUAGCUGCAAAUGGUAGAAGAGGCAUAUUUAAUUUAGGCAAAUUACUUAAAAACAAACAGCAAAAAAAGGCAGUCAAAAACCAGAAAAGAAAGAAACCCUCAGGGA